AUGAUUGCAACAAUUAUUCGACAAAAUCGAAUCAAUUUUCGUUUUUUCAAGAAUUCUCCAUCAUCUCUCUGCAACUCCCAUGUCGUUUUCUCGCAGUUUCUUCUUCAUUUCUCUACUUCAGUUACGGCUUCUGAAAUCUCGCCGCUUAAACACCGUUCAUCUCCGGCAUCUUCUGUUCGGAACCCUAAAAAACCCGACCUCGUAAUCUCAUUCCUAAAACAAGCCGGCUUUUCUAAAACCCAGGUGGAGAAAUUAGUGAAAACCUAUCCUCAAUUGCACUCCGCCAAUCUCGAAAACACAAUCAAGCCCAAAAUCAAAAUUUUCAAAGACUUGGGCUUUUCCUCAAACGACGCCGUCGCUAUAAUCUCACACGAUCCUUGGAUUCUGAAGCAAAGCCUGAACAAAAAAAUCAUCCCAUCUUUAUCUACACUGAAGCGUUUGUUGGGAUCCAAUGAACAAGUAGCUAAACUUUUGAAGAGAUAUGGUGGGUUCUUGAAAACUAAUCUGGACAACAACAUGGUCCAAAAUGUCGAAAUUUUGAAGAAUUGCGGUGUCGAUAUGAAGCAGAUUAUUCCCGCCAUUUACCGAUUUCCGAUGUUUAUUCUGCGUAAGCCGGAGCUUGUGAAGAAAUUGGUGGAUAAAGCGGACGAAAUGGGGGUUAGUAGAAGUUCUAGAAUGUUCUAUCACGCUGUGCGGAUAUUGAGUUGUAUGACCGAAGAUACAUGGAAACUUCGGGUGCGGGCUUUUCGUGAGUUGGGGUUUUCGGAAAAAGAUGUGGAAGCAACGUUUAGAAACUCCCCUUUGGUACUCGGUGUAUCGGAGACGAAGAUAAAGGAGGUGAAAGAGGUUCUUCUUGCCACUGGGAAGUACAAAAUGUCGUGUAUUGUUAAAGACCCGAUUUCACUCAUGUACAGCGUCGAGAAGAGGUAUAAGCCGCGGAUACGAGUUUUGGAGAUAUUGGAAAGUAGGAAUGUGAUUGUGAGAUGGCCUUGUUUGUCGGUGCUAUGCAGAGUGUCGGAAAAGGAUUUUUUCGAGAAAUUCGUUGGCCCUUAUUUGGAUCAUGUUGGAGACGUUUACGUUGCAAGCGCUCGAAAAGGAGAUGCCAAACAAAUUGAAGAUGAAUAG